AUGACCGCCCAGAGACUUAAGAUCGGCUGCGCAGGCCUGGGCCGCAUGGGCAAGCGCCACGCCCUGAACUUCCUGCAGCGCACUCCCCGCGCCGAGCUUGUCGCCGCUAGCACCCCCGACGACACCGAGAUCGAAUGGGCCAAGGAGCAUCUUGCGCCCUAUGGAGUCACCAUCUAUAAGAACUACGAUGACAUGCUGAAGCACGAGGGGCUGGAAGCUGUUGUCGUCGCUUCUGCUACAGCUGUCCACGCCGAACAGGCCAUCAAGGCCAUCAAUGCGGAGAAGCAUGUUCUCUGCGAGAAACCUUUAUCCACUAGUGUUGAGAUUUCCCAAACCGUUCUCGAUGCCGCAAACUCCAAACCACAUCUCAAAGUAAUGUGCGGCUUCAGCCGCCGCUUCGACGCCUCCUACCGCGACGCACACCAAAAGAUCUCCUCGGGAACCCUCGGCGUCCCCAGCGUGAUUCGCUCACAGACAUGCGACAAGCUCGACCCCACAGGCUUCUUCGUCGCAUACGCUGAGUUCUCCGGCGGGAUCUUCGUCGACUGCUCCAUCCACGACAUCGACCUGACCCUCUGGUUCUUCGGGCAAGACUCCAAGGUUCGUUCCGUCUCUGCAGUGGGUAUUACGGCUGUUGAGCCCGACUUGCGGAAACACAAUGAUCGCGAUAAUGCGGUGGGUCUGGUUGAGUUCUUUGAUGGGAAGAUGGCGUAUUUCUAUGCCAGCCGCAUGAUGGCCGCGGGGCAGGAGGAUAGCACAGAGGUUAUUGGGACGAAGGGCAAGGUUGCGGUGAACACGCAGCCGCAGUUGAACCUUGUGCAGACGUUUGAUGCUAGAGGUAUCCGCAAGGAGAUCCCGCAGCACUAUUAUGAUCGGUUCGAGUACGCGUUUGUGACUGAGGCUAAUGAGUUUACGGCUUCGUGUUUGGAGAACACGGCUGUGCCGCUGAAGCUUGAGGGGGCUGUCCAGGCGGUGCGCAUUGGGGCUGCCUUGCAAGAGGCCCUUAUUACGGGGGAGAAGAUCUUCUUUGAUGAGAACGGAAACCGCGUGCAAAAAGGGCGGUUGUAA